AACGAUUCGUAAUAAAAACCUUGGCGAUUUAAAAGGGAGAGUUUAUUGCGAGUUCUUCUCAUUCGUGCCCUUGAUUUGAGAAUUGGCAGUUAAUAUAAAUUUUGAAGCAUUUUUUAAUGACAUUAUGUUACCUACAUGAAUUAAUGAUAUUUUGAUUAAAUAUCAGAUCAAAAUAUUAUAAUUUACGUAUAGUAUAUCCUCUUUCAGGCCUCCACAUACCGUCUGAAUGUACAGAUAAUCCCUUCUUUGCUGAUUGUACACUUGUUGUGCGGAGUAAAUUCUGCAACCACAAGUUUUACUCGCAGUUUUGUUGCAAAUCCUGCAUCGGGUCUGGACAGGUGGACCCUAUGAGAACUUUAAACCACCUUGAAAAUGAUUAUUGGAACUAGAUUAGCACAUUUCUCGACUGUAGAUCCCAUGUUUUUGCAAGUCAUAAAUAUGGUGCCAAUCGUCUAUACUCCUUCUAAAUUCACUUAGCUAGAAAUACUUAUUGCUUAUGCGUUAUAAUAAAAUCUAUUAUCGUUUUAAUUUUAUUUAUUUAAUUGGAAUAGCGCAGAGUUGUUUACAAUUACUCAUUAUACUGAGAACUGAGCUAAGUUUAUCAAAAUCAAUUUUUUAUCAGUGAGCACUCAACGAUCCUCCCUACGUCAGCUAACAGAAAGUCACAAACCUGUUAAUAAAAUUGUUAAUCAAUGUCAGUAAAACUUAUCAUAAAAAAUAUACAUUGAAUGAUUUUACAAUAAACUAGAUGAAUUAACAAAAAAAAACUACUUCUAGUAUGUUGAUAUAAGAUAAUAAUUAUACAUUAUAAUAUUGCUAGUUAACACUGAGGAAAACGCUUUUAACAAAUAUGAUUAGCAUUUAUUAAUAACAUUUGAUAUUAAUCAAACGGAAGAGAUAAUACGCGUCAAUUUUACUAAACACAAUGUUCAGUUCAAUUUAAGUUACGUCUCUUGUAGUUGCACCUUUUGUUUAAAUAUAUUUUAAUAACAGUGAGGUAAUACAUGAGAGUGUAUCAUGAAAAGGACUGUAUCAGGAUUAGUGUUCUUCAUAGCUAUAAUUAUACACAAUUCUCAGACUAAGGAAACAGAUUCCGUAAAUGAUGAAAAGGAUAAAAUUUACUUCGAGGAACUUCGAGGUUAUAAAUACUCUACUGAAGCUGCAGUAGAGGCAAAUAUGUAUACACUGGUAGGAGAUGGUGCUUUUGUGUUUCCUUCUGAAUUAAGGACGUUGGAAAAUAGCAUUGACUCCACUUCUACAACACAGGCGGAUAUAGAUUACACAGAUCCACAAAGGAAUGUUAAGUUCUGCGAGACAACAGCUUACGGCUGCUGUUCGGACGGUGAGACUCCAGCGCAUGGACCUCAGAACGAAGGCUGCUGUUUGCGAUCCAGAUUCGGUUGCUGUCCUGAUAACUAUACGCCGGCUGAAGGACCGCAUCUUGAAGGUUGUAGCUGUAUGAAUGCCCACUUUGGAUGCUGCCCAGAUAAUGUAACAAUCGCUGGAGGAACUAAAUACGAGGGUUGUGGCUGUCAAUACUCUCUGCAUGGCUGCUGCCCUGACAAGCUCACUCCAGCCACUGGUGUAGACUUUGAAGGUUGUGGAUGCCAUACGUAUCAGUUUGGAUGUUGUCCUGACGGUAUCACCAUCGCCAUAUGGCCAUAUCUACUGAACUGUUUCUGCCAAGAAACUAUAUACGGCUGCUGUGGAGAUGCUGUCACCGAGGCUAAAGGACCGAAUAAAGAAGGAUGCGAUUGUUCUAGUAGCAAAUAUGGAUGCGAUGCUGAUGGUAUUACUGAGGCUGGUGUCUACGAGUUUCAAAAUAAUACAGUCAUACUAAAUAUAAAUGAAGAUGAAUGUAACCUCUCGCUGGAGCGUGGUUCGUGUGCUGGUAACUUUAUCCGCUGGGGCUACGAUCCCAACUCGCGUCGCUGCUCUCAGUUCAUUUGGGGAGGUUGUGGUGGUAAUACCAACAGAUUCAACUCAGAAGCCGCCUGCAUGCAUCGGUGCAACCCUCCAGGCGCUCUACAAGCGGAAUGCAUUCUUCCACAAGAGGCAGGCAACUGCACUGAAAAGCGGCCAGUCUGGUCUUUCAGUCAGACUAGCAACAAAUGCGUGCCCUUCCAUUACACAGGCUGUGGAGGCAACGUUAAUCGAUUUAACAGUGAAAAAGAGUGCGCCAGCGCAUGUCCAAAACAGAAGGAAGACAUAUGCACUCUUCCUCUUCUAUAUGAAAAAUGUGAUCACUGUGACCCGCGUUGGUUUUAUGACAUGACGACUAGAAGGUGUAGAAUCUUUUUCGGAAAUGGUAGAAAUGCAAACAAUUUUGACAAUAAAGAAACGUGCAUGAAUCAAUGUGAAGAAAAAUUCGAGGUAGAAAUUGUGCCUCCCGAGAUAGAAAAGCCCAGCGUCUGUUACCUGGAACUAAAUAGUGGACCCUGCUCUGAUACCAUAAAUCGCUGGGGUUAUGAUACUCAGAGAGAUGCCUGUGUGCAGUUCCAAUACGGAGGUUGUGGGGGCAACAAGAAUAACUUCCCAUCAAAGGAGAUGUGCCAUCGCCAAUGCAUGUUGCAAGAUAUAUGCAAACUACCUAAAGUCAAAACUUCUUGUAAUAGUAGUGGCAGUGAGUGGUUUUAUGAUGUAGCUUCUGACUCCUGCACCCUUUUUGGUAAAAAUAUUUGUGGAAACAAUGAAAAUAGUUUCAAAACAUUGCUGGAUUGCGAACGUCGGUGCAAAAAAGGAACAUUUGUUGAACUUGAGUACAUAGUCGAAUUUCCGCGUUUUAUAGCGAGUAUUUGCGAGAUAUCCUCCAAUCUAGAGGAGUGUAAGAAACCUGGCAAGGUUUGGUACUUCAAUGUGACUAACGGGACUUGUGUUUCCUUUGACAAUGCAGACUCUGGACGCUCAUGUAGGAUCACAGCUACGUUUGCUUCUGAAGAAGGUUGUCAGAGAGAAUGUGGAUUUUACCAAGAUAUAAAUGUUUGCAGCUAUCCAAAGGACUCGGGGCCGUGUCAUGAGGCUGUAGAAAAAGUAUACUAUAAUUCAGAAAAGGCUCGAUGCGAAAACUUUACUUAUGGCGGAUGCCGCGGCAGUCCUAAUCGCUUCUCUAGUAUUGAGGAGUGUAACUAUAUAUGUAGACCACAUGCAAAUCCUUGUCAGCUAAAUCCUGAUGUAGGGGGUUGUACGGACCAAAUCGCUCAAUGGUACUAUAACGAAAUUGAAGAUAAAUGUUUUAAAUUUAUUUACAGUGGAUGCAAAGGAAAUAGUAACAGGUUCCAAACACAAGAAGAUUGUGAAAAAAAAUGUCUUCAUAACGAAUUACGCGCUUUUUUGUGAAGUAACGGACUUGUCACUUGCGAUGAUAAAAAAUUGCUGCGUAAAAUGCUGUUAAUUUAUAUUACAAACUUACGAUUUUUUUUAACAUAGCCUGCUUAAAUACGA